CGUAACGCUGCCGAGGUCCGGAAGGAGCCUGAGGGCGCCCGGCCUCGGCUCUGUGGAAGUAGAUGCGAUCGGGGCGGAGGGCUCCUGCCCGGCCGGGGCUGAGGCCUGUCACCUCCACAGCUCCUCGGGGCUUCGUGUUAACGAGGUUCAGUGAUCAUGCUGCGUUAGACCAACAGGACUUUCUUCAUCAGUGACUUGAUGUGUUUUGAGGAGUUUUAUGUGAAGAGGAAUUUAGAUGAAUUAAAUACUUUAUUGGCCAUAGGAGGAUCAGGAUGUGCAAGGAACGUUGUCCUAUCUAUUAGUGGGCAUAAUGCAGAAUCCUUUAACUUUUUCUGCAGGUGGUGUUUUUUUGCAUGCUAAUCCUGCAGAGAAACAAAGUGUUCAACACAGUAUGCUGGGUCAGCAAAAACAAGAAAGUUGUGCUGGAAAGACAGUAUCCACAGAUAAACACAAAUCCCCUGUGGACAUAAUACAAACUGUUCAGAAGAAAAGUCAGUUUAGGACCAUUGCUCCAAAAAUGGUGCCAAAAGUUUUAACAUCUGGAAUGGUUUCUUGUCUUCAGUCAUCUUUGCCUGAACAACGUACAGCGAUUUCAGCAGCAGGUUCUAAACCACUGGUGGUACCAGCUCAAAACUAUGCCAUCAUGCAGGUUGCUGGGCAUGAGGGUAGUUUUUCUCUUUUGGCCUUGCCAUACAUUACCCCUGCCGUGAUACAGCCAAGCCAGCCAACAAACGUGGCCCGUUCUGAAAACCAAAAGUUGCCUAUCCCUCGCUACCAGUCUGUGAGAAACAAAUUGCUUUGUGACAAUAAAACAAGCCAAGCCUCUGUUUUGAAUGCACAGAGCAAGGUAUCUACCAAAAGACAGAUCUCAUUGCAGACUUCCCCCGUGACUACCUUAGCUGAAGACUGUCCAAAAACUCAUUCUAGCUCGGAUUCAACUGAGCCAGUGAAUCUAACAGACCAUAAUUCAUCUGAAAUGAUGGCUUCUACGUUACAAAGAAAGAACACUUGUGUGGAAUCUGGAUCUCCUUCAGCGAGCAAAACAAAAACUGCUAUCAGUAAUGUUUCUGGACCAUGUAUAGUUAAGGAGUCUUUAAGCAAGCCAGAAAAUUCAGGUGUGAAAUUUAGCCUUGACUCUGUGAAGACAGCAUCUGCAACCACGAAAGAGUCAGAGAAACUAAAGGAAGCACCCACAAAUUCUGCAAAUUCUGUUUCUGACCUGUCACCAGCAGUUUUUGGCAGUACAGUACAGAUGACUCCACCAGCACCAACAGGAAAACUUCCUAUUUUGCCUUACUCAAGAAUGAAAAAUUCAGCGUUUUGUAAAUCACAAAGUACUAACGUAAAGGAUAUAUCCGGUAUUUCACCGAGACCUGAAUGUGAAAAGACGCCAGCUUUGGUGAAAACCUUUCACGCCCCCGCUGAAGCAUCUGAUAAACAAUUGGCUGCAUCUUUGACUCAAGCCCCCAAACAAACCGUUCCAGAAAAUACUUUCUCUCCAUCCAAUGAAGUGGAUGUUGACAGCCUUAAAAAGUUGAAUGGUGCACCCUCUAAAAGGAUAGGCAGGAAGAGAAGAGUCCAAGAUGAUUUAUUGGCUUUUCAGGCCAAGCGAAGGAAAUGCAUCGUUAAUAAAUUCAGAGAAGUAAGAGAGAGGGUGAAAGCUGAUCUUCAGCCACCUGAAGACAAAAAAGCAGAGGCAGUGAAAAAAUACCGUAAUAUUAGACCCAAACCAAUGGUAGUUGUGCAGGCAAUUGCACCGCUGCCUUCUACGGCACUGGUGGAGGAAAGGUCUCCUGACCAUUCAGACAAAGGUGUUUUUUUAAACAGUUCACUUGCCAGUAAAUAUUCAAGUUAUAAAUAUAACGAUACCACAUCAGCUAUGUCAAUUGAUUUGGGUAGAAAUGCGUGCUCAGCUGUACCCAAGCCAUGGCAUAGGUGUCAUGUAUGUAACCAUAAGUUCCAGUUCAAACACCAUCUUCAGGACCAUAUGAAUGCACACACAAACAAACGACCCUACACGUGUCGAAUUUGCCGGAAGGCUUACAUUCAUUCUGGAAGCCUGAGCACGCAUAUGAAACUUCAUCACAACGAAGGCAAGCCCAAAAAGUUUGUGUGUUGUGAAUUCUGUGCUAAGAUUUUUGGCCAUGCAAAAGUAUACUUUGGUCACCUAAGGGAAGUGCACAGGGUUGUUAUUAGCACAGAGCCCUCUGGUAGUGAGCAACAGAUGCAAGAUGCGUUGAGGAACAGGGACACGAAUAUAAAAGAGGCAGAAGAAGCAACAGAAAGGGGAAGUAGAUGCGAUUUUGAAGAUCUAUUCCAUAAUCCAGGAGAAGUUAAAUUACAGAUCAGAUGCGGUCAGUGUCAGUUCAUUGCACAGUCUUUUGGUGAGAUGAAGUUUCACUUGUUAUGCUCGCAUGGAGAAGAGAUCCAGGGAAGAGUAAAGGAAGGAGCUCUGCAAGGAAAUAGAGGAACUAGGGGAGAACUUAUCAAACAUGCAGCUCACUUCUGGAAACAGCGCAGUGAAAGAAGACUCUUGGCAAAAUGCAGUGACAACGAGGAGGAGUUGUAUACUUUUCCAAAACUGAAAAGACAGAUAUACCUUCACCAUCAAAGUAAUGUUGAUGCAUUAACUAGAAGUGAAAUGACUCAGUCAGGAAGCAGUGAAGCAGACAAGGGGAUGCAAAAUGUAGGUUGUGGGGCGCCAAGCAAAAAGAUUGAAUUUUGGUCUAAAGCUGGAUAUAACUGCAUUUUAUGCAAGCAGUUAUUUGGAAGAAAGGAGGAUCUUUGUAAUCAUUGGCAAAGUCGUCAUAACUGUGAAGACUCUUCUAUUUUAUGGACAAUUUUUAGUUUGUUCUCAAAACAGGGAAUUUUUGAACUUUCUAGCAUUGGUGAAUAUUGAGGCUCAGUUCUACAGUGCUGCGUUGAUGAACGUGUGAGGAAUUUGCAGCAGCAAAUACUCAAUGAUAAUGGUUAAAAUGAAUAAGAUGCUUAAGUUCCAUUACACUUUAUACACAGAAAUAAAUCAGUUUAUAUGAAGUAAUCCCAAUCUUGAACAAAAUGGCAAACCAGAUUGAAAGUGUGAUUUCAAUCCCGACUGUGCUUCUAGAUUUUAUGCUAAAACUCUGUUACUGCAGUUCAGUAGAAAAUUUUGAAGGUACAUACACACAACCUGCAUUCCAGAGCAUAGUUAUCUUUAAAACCCCUUUACAUUUUGUUUUCUGAAUUUCAGUCUUUUUGGACACUAAGUUUCUUAGGUGUUACGUUCAGUCCUUGUAAUAGCAGGGAUUUUUGGACUUCAAUGUGAAAAAUCUACAGUUCUUUUUUUUUUUUUUUUUUUUUGCCCAAGCCCUUUGAAAACAGGAGUUACUCAGGAGAUGGAACUCUCAAAGCUUGACUGCUGUAUGAAAAUGAAAAGAACAUGCUAAGAACACCUUUAGCAGCACUCUGCCUUUAACACUCUUGAUAUAUCUCUUUUAUUUUUGUGUAGUUGGCCCAGACAUAGCUGCAAUGAGAAAUUGUUCCUCUGAGUCUAUGAUGCAGGUAAUAAGGUUUUUUUGCUUGUAUUUCCACAUCUACUGUACAGAUGGAUCCAGAGGCCUUUUCCAGCCGUUCUUUGUGAGCUGAGAAGUCACUGUAUCACUGUUCAACAGAAAUCAGCAUAUCAGAAGGCAGACUGAUGAAAAAUACACCAGUACUAUUUCUAAACUACUGCUCCAUUCAUUUCUUCUUGUGGUCAAACUGUAAUUGAGGGAUUGGAGUGAUGAAAGAAUCAUUCCUAAAAUGCCUUGCAUGGCCUCUCACUGUUUUGCAAAAAAAUUUUAUGAAGAGAUCUAAAAAAUGUUGGGGAUUUCAAGGGGAAUUCCAGAAGCUGUUGGAAUAUUUUGUGUGUUUUUUGUUUUUAAACAGUAAAGGCAGCUUUCUGAGCCA